GUGAUUGGUCAAUACUCCCCGGACUACAGGCGGAAACCGGAACCUUCCUCUCCUGCAGACCCUGCAUCCAUGUGCAGAUGGUAGAAAACAGACGGAGGAGAAGAAAGAAGAUGAGAUGAGUUUGAAGUGUUUGCUGGCUAACCGAGAAGCCAACAUUUUGACAAAUGGAGGAUCGUACGUGUUAUUUAGCAGAAGAAAAAGCGACGGAGCGAAAAGAGGAAGAAGUGAAACUAAAUGUGGACAGACGACGGCAGAAAACAAUGAUCAACAUCGGUGCGGCCUUCCCCAAAUGGAAAUCUCUGAUGAGGGACAAAUGUUUUCAGAGUGACGCCGAAGUUGCCUGUUUUCUGCUGCACAGAAUUGAUUGGACAGAUGAAGGCCCCCCUUCCUUUCAUGAAAAAGAUGAUGGAGAUAAAGAUGACAGCUCUGAUGAAGAGGAUCUUCCACCCACUUGUAUACGAAUGGGUGGAGCAUUAAAGAAAGCACCAUCGAUCGAUCGACUUCCAGUUAUUGGAACGGGCGAGGCAGCGCAUGACCAGCCUGCACGUGAAGACCCUCCUGAUGAGGCUUCUCCCUGUGAUCAGGACCCUGUUUUCCCAUCCCCACAGCAGGUCCUUUGUGAAGAUGACAUCGUUGGUGCCAGAGCUUCAAUAGUAUACGAGGACUGCUUGAGACAGCUGGCUACAUUUCUGAUCCUGCCUGUGAAAAAAUGUACAGGCCUUUUAAAGACUGGUGUGGUGUGUGACUGUGUUGCCCCCUUUGAGAUCAACAUCACUUCCAAGGGCACAGCAACGAGUGUCGAAUGGAUCUGUCCCAAUGGACACAGCUUGUGGAGGUGGAAUUCCCAGCCUGUAAUGAAGUGUGGGACGCAAGCUGGAGAUUUUCUCUUGUCCACCAACAUUUUGUUGUCUGGCAACGACUAUGCGAAGGUCACCCUCUUGUUCAAGUUCAUGAACAUGGGGAUGGUGAAGAAGAACACCUUCGUGUCCAUUCAGGACGCUUACUGUGUGGACACAGUGAAGAGCUUCUGGGAAGAGAGGAGGACUGAGGCCCUCAGUGGCCUUCAGGGAAAAGAUGUUGUGGUCCUAGCAGAGAACGACACCAAGGAGAUCAUUCAUGUUGCCACCAUCAACAAGCAGCAGACAUCCUGCAACUCAGUCGUCAUGGAGAAGGAGGGUUUUAUUGAGACUGUGGACAAGCUUACAUCAGAGAUAAAGCAAGAGGAGAUCUGCACAGGUGCUAAUGCCCAGAUCACAGCCCUUAUGAACCCAGACGAAGGCAGAUACAAAGAUGUUGGAAUUCAUCACAGUCUGGACAUGUGGCAUGGUGCCAAGAACCUGGUAAAAAAAAUAGCUGCUGCAUCAUGGGUUGACAUAAUUCACCAUGUCUGUGACAUUUGUACCUGGACUAUGGGAAGGUGUCAACAUGGGCACCUUGAAGAAACUCGUGGAAAGGCGUGGAUCCAGAGAGACUCCAGGUGCCACAAAGCUUUAGUGGACAUCGUUCUCAAUGAGCGUUGGCUGAAGGAUGUGCAUAAAUACCUGCGCUUCAGAUCAAAUACGGACCUAGAGGUAUUCCAGAAUCAUAUAUUGAUGUAUGCCAGCAAGCGCAUCACCUUCAGUCCCCCAGUUUAUGAGGCAAGAGUUCUGCUUGCUGCUCUGGACUAUAACUUCCACCGGAACCGACCAACAUUGAAAACAGCAGAAGGCAAAGAGAUUUUCAGAAGGCUGCACAAGACAAAAAGCAGAAGACACAGGUUAUAUGCCCUGAAAUCUAAAAAUACCUGCGCAUACAUCUCUGAUCUGCAAGCAAGGAUUGUAAAGAGGAGAAUCACAAGUGGAGUGGGGAUGCCUCGAAAGAAGUCAGUUUUCCCUAAAGAUGUCCAGCAGUUUUUGGUGAUUAAAGAAGAGGUUCCCUCUGAGUGGAGCCCCAGUCUGGACCAGGAGGAUCCAGAGCUCCUACACAUAAAAGAAGAACAGGAGGAACUCUGGAUCAGUCAGGAGGGAGAGCAGCUUAAUGGACUGGAGGAGGCUGAUAUCACCAGGUUCCCAUUCACUGCUGUUACUGUGAAGAGUGAAGAUGAGGAAGAGAAACCUCAGUCUCCACAGCUUCAUCAAAGCCAAACUGAGGACAACAGCAAGACAGAGCCUUCAGCCAGCAGCUCAGCUACGCAGAUAAAAACAGAAACUGAUGGAGGAUCAGAACCUGCUGGGAACCUUGAUCCAGAUAGUCAUUUACAACCAGAUACUGCUGAAAAAGCUUCAGACACUGAAGUCAGUGAAAAUGACUGGCAAGAACCUUUGUCAGAUUCUGAAGCUGAAACUGAAGACAGUGGCAAUGGUUGGAAGAAGACCAGAGCACCUGAGUCAGGUGUAAAUGCUCUGAAAUAUAAGGAAGCUCCUGUAAGUGAUGCAGGAUGUAAUGCUGGGAAAGAAUCCUUUAGCUGCUUUGAAUGUGAUAAACAAUAUCAACACAAGGGGUCUCUUCAGAGACACAUGAAGUGUCAUUCAGGAAAAAGGUCCUCCAGCCGUCUGGUUAAUAAGAAAUGUUUCAGAAUGAAGCAAAAUGUAGAUUCACAAAGAAGAGUCCACACAAGAGAGAAACGAUUUGCUUGUGAUGUUUGUGGUAAAAGGUUUAACCAGCAGACACAUCUUACAUUACACAUGAGCGUCCACACAGGAGAGAAACGUUUUGGUUGUGAUGUUUGUGGGAAGAGAUUUAAAAGGAUGUCACAUCUUAAGCUGCACAUGAGAGCUCACACAGGAGAGAAAACAUUUGGCUGUGAUGUUUGUGGGAAGAUAUUUCCAAUCCUGGGAAAUCUAAAGAGACACAUGAGAGUCCACACAGGAGAGAAACCAUUUUGCUGUGAUGAUUGUGGUAAAAGAUUCAACCAGCAUCCACAUCUUGUUAGACACAUCAGAGUGCACACAGGAGAGAAACCAUUUUGCUGUGAUGAUUGUGGGAAGAGAUUUACAGAUCGGGGAAAUCUCAAGAAACACAUGAGAGUUCACACAGGGGAGAAACCAUUUGGCUGUGAUGAUUGUGGGAAGAGAUUUACAGAACAGAGAAUUCUCAAGAAACACAUGGGCAUCCACAGAGGGGAGAAACCAUUUGGCUGUGUUUAUUGUGGGAAGAGAUUUACAGAACAUAGACUUCUCAAGACACACCUUAGCAACCACACAUAGGAGAAACCAUUUUGCUGUGAUGUUUGAGGGACAAGAUUUACAAAACAGAGAAUUCUCAAGAAACACAUGAGACUGCACACAGGAGAGAAACAAUUUGGCUGUGAUGUUUGUGGUAAAACAUUUAACCAGCGUCCAUAUCUUAAGAGACAUUUCCCGCACAUAAACCUUACGUAGAUGGACCACCCGGGUAUAUUUGGUGACCUAUUGUAGUGUUUUGCAGAUAGAAUUGUUAUCUAUUACGCUACAUGGACAUGAUGGAUAUACUUCAAGCACAGACCAGUUAAAUCCACAGUGAAAACACCAGUGCAGAUGUCAUUUGUUAGCAACCAGGUUGGUUUCAUUUUCAUAGGCUAUGUCAUUAACAAGCCUCCUCCACAUGCAGAGGUGGGGCAAUCCACUGUGUUUGCAGCAGAGUUUUGUACAUACACCGACUGACACCUCCAAAUAUGUAUUUAAAAUUUAUUUUUCAUUAAAAUGCUGCUUACUGCCUACUGAAGCCACCCAUAUAGACAAGUUAUUGACACAUUUUUCCCAAAUGUUCCCUUUAUCAAAGUUGUCGGGAAAGGAGAGGGAAGGGAACAAAUGUUUUCCAACAUCUUCUGAUCUUUGUGGUAUUAACAUCAGUGGACAUACAAAAUACUUUAGGGGGUGUGAUGGAGGAAAUAAAUUAUAAUAAAUAUUCAUCUAAUGAAUAUACCGUAUAUUCAAACUAAGUCAUCUAAAGUUCUGGAUUGCAUUGCAGUGUAAUAGGUGGAAGAGGAGACCUUUAUAGUGGACUUGACCUCUGAUUUUGACCUUUUUUAAAAAUCUAUAUAAACAGAAACUGUGGAUUUAUUAACAUAGGUUUGUGAUUAUUUCUUUCUUUGUUCAUGAAACUUUGAUAACACUUUAUUUUACAGGUCUCGUAUUUUUGUAAAAUUUCAUAGAAAUUAGUCGAUAUGUAACUUUAAACUCCAGGAAGGUUCCAGGAAAUGGAUGAUUGUUAUUAUAGUGAAAGUGGAGAUCGUACUUAAUUGCCAGAUCCAAUUAAUUGCUAAUGUAACCUAGAUAGUCUUGUUUUGAUAAUUGUCUUCAGGCAGACAUACAGUUCAACAUAUAUAACCAAUAAAGUCUGACACACGACAA